AUGGCCGUUGUGCCUCAAGUGUGGAAACGCCUCAUGGUCACGUUCAUUGUCACAUAUGUUUUGAAUUUUGUGUACACAGUCGUCGCGGCUGUGACCAUGAUCCUCUGCUUGAGCAUUGACAACUCCUCGGCUGUGAUCCUUUUCUUCGUGCUCUUGAUCAUUUACAUCAUUGGUUUUAUCUAUCUGACGAUUGUGUGGCAGUUAGCUGGUGUGGUGACCGUUUUGGAGGAGUCGUAUGGGCUUAAGGCGAUGAACAAGAGUAGGAACUUGAUUAAAGGGAAGUUUUGGGUGGCCUUGGCUAUAUUUUUCAAGUUGCUUCUUGUUUUUGGGGGUAUACAGUUUGUGUUUUAUGUGUUCGUUGUCUACGGAUUCUUUUGGGAGAUGUGGAAGAGGGUUCUUCUUGGAAUGCUAUGCUUAGCGGUGCUUGUGCCAGUGAUUCUUUAUGGUCUGGUUCUUCAGACAAUUAUCUACUUUGUUUGCAAGGCGCAUCAUAAUGAAACGAUUGAUAAGCCCACUCUGUCAAAGCGGCUUGGAGAGUAUGAGCGUUUGUUGGAUGAUACAAAUGAAGUGCAGCUGGAAAAAGUUUAG